CUCAAUCCCCAAACCAGAUCGAGAACGGAGAUGGAAGGGAAGAGAGCGCCGGCGGCCGCCGCAGCAGCCAUCUCGGCCGUGCUCGACGACGACGACCUCCUCGGUGAGAUCCUCCUCCGCCUCGCCUUCCCCACCAGCCUCGUCCGCGCCGCGCUCGUCUGCAAGCGCUGGCUCCUCCACGCCGCCGCGCCCGCCUUCCUCCGCCGCUUCCGCGGCCUCCACCAGCCCAGCCUUCUCGGCUUCUACGUCGUCAGCACAGCCAUCCACCCCCCUCGGUUCGUGGCGCUCCCCCAGCCCCCUGAGCUCGCCGACGUCGUCCGCCGCGGUAGCUUCGAUCUGGAUUCCUUGGGCCCCGACAGGUUCGACCUGGAUUGCUGGAACGGCCUCCUCCUCCUCUCAACCUUCGAGAUGUACCCGGACCGCACCAUGAACCCAACAAGGGUGCGUUGUCCCCUCUACCCUGCGAGGGACACGGCCAUCCUCCCAACAGUCCCCAUUACCAGCAUCCAUCACGACGGCUUCACAUACCACGAUCGUGAGAUCCUCGUCAGUGGGAGCGGCGGCCAGUGUCUGUCCUACUUCUGUUUGGCAAUAAUGGAUAAAGAGCAGCAGACGGUUGUGGAUGUGUACGCACUACAACAAGGUACCUGGACCAUCUACUCUUCCUCUGUAACUGAAAUCCCUAGAAUUGGACUGCUCUUGCCUUCUACUUUGAUUGGUGACACUAAUAAAAUCUACAAUGUGGCCUUUGUGAACAACAGUUAUAAGUUGAUCCUGCUAGACCUUGUGUCCGCAUCUUUGUCAUUAGUGAACUUUCCGGAAGAGGUUAAGGGCUUGAGCUUCGAGCUGUCACUCACGGAUGAUUCUCAGCUUCAUCUGAUCCAUGUAAAAGGGUCUCAGCUUCGCAUCUGGCUCCACAGAAUGGAUAGCAAUGGCGUCUCCAACUGGUUGCUUGAGCGUACCAUUUGUUUGCGUGAGAUAUGUGCUAACUAUAGGAUACCAACUUGCAUGUUCAAGGAUGGGAGUGAUUCAGCAUUUACCAGGAUGCAUGCGGUUGGGGUGAAUGCCGAGUUUGUUUUCUUGGAGAUGGAAGAUGUCCUCUACCUGUUUGAUAUUAAGAGCAAGGCGGCAAAGCAGGUUUACAAGAUGACGCCAGAGGAUAACAUUUUGAAUAGUGUCAUUCCUUUCAUGAUGGUUUGGCCUCCUAAAUUCCCUGCGAUGAAGGAGAUGCAAGAUCCAACAGAAUUACCCUGAACCGAUUGUUAGAAGUGGAUAUACAAAUCUGAUAAAGGAAGACAACACAACUGCAGACUUUUCUUGUAUUCUUUUUGAAAUUCUGGCACUCCCAAGUUCUGCAGAAAUAUCACUGAAAGUUGUUUGCUGAACCAAGAUAAUUGCUUCAAUUUCAUCUAUAUUUUAUCAGGUAACUGAAAUCAAUGGUAUCAAACGCCAUAACCAGUGGAGGGCUGGAGGCAGCAGAUAAUGCAGACAUGGGUCUGUCCACUGAUUACGAGUCGAGGGACUAGUCGACAGACUAGUCUACGAGUCGCAACUUGAGUGUCGACUACAAAUCUCGUGUAGACUACUUGGUCUAGUCGAGCAGUCGACAGACUAGUCGUAGACUAGUCUGGACUAGUCGAGCUAUUUGAGUCGAGCGACUCAAAAUUUUGAGGGGAUAAGUCCCCCAGCCUGGCCGGAGCUCGUGCUCGGGCGGCAGCCAUGGCCGUGACAUUUAGGCGUGCGCGGCCCUGAGACGAGAGAGAAGGAAGAGAGAUAGAGGAGAGGAGAGGAGAGGAGGAGGCAUGGAGGUGGUCGGCGGCAGCGGCCGGGGCCGGCUGGAGGCGCGGGUCGUGCACGCGUGCUCCCGUGUGUGAUGGUGCUGGCGGCGGCAAUGGGAUUGAUCGGGAGCUAGGGUUCCAGUGACGGGAGCUAAGUAGGCUGGCCACUUGGGCCCAAAUGGGCCAGCUGGGGGGUGUUGUGUGGUGCUGGGCUGGGCCUGGCGAGGGUUGCCUAACACUUCUGGUUUUAUUGCAUAUUGUACUGUUUAUAUAUACUAUAUACUACUACUAGUUAUUAACAAUAGUUGAGUACUACAGUACCAUGUCGACUAGUCCAGCACUAGUCUAGACUAGUCACGAUUAGUCUAUGAGUCUCAACCUCGGAACGACUCGUCGACACGUAAACCUUGGGUCUGUCAUAGUACCAGCAGAUCCGCAGCGUUCCAUACUACCAGUUUUGCACAUUGUUGUAAAGGUGCUACCAACUUACCAUGUCGACUUAUGCAACUGUUAGGCAUUACAUGCCUGAUUUUGCAUGUACGGAUGAUGCUUCUGCUAGACCAGUGCAACUCUUCUAUAUGUAUGGUACUUU